AUGUCCAAGACGACGCUCGCUACCAUCGCCUGCCUUGGUGCGGGAGGCGGCGCCGCCGUCACGGCCGCCGUUUACGCCCUCCGAGGCGGCAAGCAAGAGCCCAAGAUUGCCGCCACCCCGGCCCCGACAACCUCCGUCAACUCAAUGGCCGCUCUCCCCGCUCCCACCGUCUCCUCCGGUGCUGUUCCUGCCUCUCAGAUCUUUGGACCUCCCGCCGUCGUCCCGCCUAACGCUCCCCUCGGCCCCAAUGCCCUCGUCAAUCCCGCCGGCCUCUUCGAGUAUGGCUUCCCUGGCCCCGUCGCCGACGUAGGCAACCGCUCCGCCCUCAUCUCUUCCUACGACCGCCGGCUACGAAACCCCCACUGGGUCGUCGAGCACAUCACCCCCGCAUCCCUCGCCCAUCGUGAGGGCGACCGAAAGAACAGUGCUUUCCUCGAGGAUGAUUCUGUGCCGCAAAAGUUCCGUGCCUUGCUCAAGGACUACUUCCGCAGUGGCUACGACCGCGGCCACCAGGUCCCCGCCGCCGACUGCAAGUGGUCGCAAAAGGCCAUGGACGAGACCUUUUACCUUACAAAUAUGUGCCCCCAGGUUGGCGAGGGCUUUAACCGUGACUACUGGGCUCACUUUGAGGACUUUUGCCGUCGCCUGACCGUCAAGUAUCCCUCUGUCCGAAUCGUCACUGGUCCUCUCUAUCUGCCCAAGAAGGAGGCCGAUGGCAAGUGGUACGUCAAGUACGAGAUGAUCGGAAGCCCUCCCUCGGUCGCCGUGCCCACCCACUUCUACAAGGUCAUCUUUGCUGAGGACGGCCGUGUUGGUGGAAACGUUGCCCUGGGCGCUUUUGUCCUUCCCAACGCCCCUAUCGCCAACUCUAAACCCAUCACCGACUUUGAGGUUCCCCUUGAGGCUGUCGAGCGUGCCAGUGGUCUCGAGUUUGCUACAAAGCUGCCUCCUCAGCGGAGACGCCGCCUGUGUACUGACACCACCUGUGCCCUGGUGAUCCGCGACUUUGCCGACAAGCAAAAGGCAUUCCCCAAGAAAUAG